GGAUCAACUGCACAAUUUCUUGAUGUUUCAGUGUUUAACAAUCAAGGGCAAUUGAAAACAACUGUGUUUCAUAAACCAGCAGCAGCACCUUAUAUUCUACCAUUUCAAUCUGAUCAUCCACGUCAUGUUCAUCGUAAUACAAUUAAAGGUGCUCUUUAUCGAGCAGUACGUCUUUGUUCACAUGUCAAAGAUUUUGAUGAAGAACGACUACAUAUUGAGCUAACGUUAUUAUUGAAUGGUUAUCCACCAAAAUUUAUUUCAUGUCAUUUUAAACAAUUCCUUCAACAAAACAAUGUUAUGUCAUUGAUGGUAGAAUUAAAUGAUGAUAUUUAUCAACAACUUCAUCAUAAACUAAUUCAUUUACCAACACGACGAGAAAGAAAACAACAACAGCAACAGCAACAGCAACAACAGCAGCAAAAUAAUUUAGAACAAAAUGAACUAGAAAUAAGAAAACGGAAUAAGAAAGAGAUUCGUGUUCAUUUUAAUUAUUCCAGUGGUCCAAUGUUAGAUUUUCCACAAAAGCUACGGCAAUUAUGGAACAAGUACUAUGUGUAUCCUGGUUCACUAAUGAAUAAUGUGAUAUUGAACAUUAGUCCACGAACCAACAAAUCUCUUCAGCAUUUAUUCGUGAAGAAGAAGCCACCGAAAUCCAUGCUCAUCAAUGUUAAUCCUACAGAUAUUUAA